AGAUACAAUUGCUAGUUUUACAGCACCGGUUAAUCUAUGACUUACUGCUUCGGGAUCAGUAAAAAGUUCGGUAAUAGAAUACACAGCAAAACCCACAAAUCUUAAACAUCCACGGGUUUUAAGUUGAGAGAUGGCAGCUAAUCGAUCGGUGUGGAGGCGUUUGGAACUUACAUUCUUACUUACAUAUGCUGCAAUUUUCUACAUCAUUGUUAUAUAUCAUUCGCUGCGCUUGUCAAACGAAUAUGGAGUAGGCGGGGAUAAAGGCGGAAGGCUGAAAGGCUUGAGGCAGGGCUGGAUUUGGAAUCGCUUCAAUGAUAUUUCAGAUAGCCAAUGGAGAAAUUUCCGUGGAAACUUGCCAAUUUUGACUGUGGUGUUGGGUAUUUUUAUGUUGUUAGCAAAUAUUAUGAGAUCAACAUUUCAUCUGCGUGGGAAGGGCUUAUCAGUUCUCUGGAUUUCACUGUCACUUACUUAUAUAAUAUAUUUGCAUGGUGCUUGUACAAUAUUCUUACUUGCAAUUGCAGUGGGAAACUUCUUUAUUACAAAGAUAUUUGGAAACACACAUAUAUUUCCCAUCACUAUAUGGAUGUACAACAUUUUGGUGCUUGUUUGUAAUCGUCUCUUUGAGGGAUAUUCUUUUACAUUGUUCGGACAGAAUUUGGCAUUCUUGGACAAUUAUCGGGGCACAUUCAGAUGGCAUAUCUGCUUUAAUUUUGUGAUGUUGCGUAUGCUUAGUUUUGGUUUGGACUACCACUGGGCUCAUGGAUCUCCAAAAAUGGAUUGGAAGAGACAUGUGCAACACUGUGGACUAUGUCAUUCUGGAAAAUCAUGCUACCAUGCACGCCAGGAGAGGAGUUUAUCCCUCAAGAGCUAUUCAUUUGAUAGAUACCUAUGUUACUUGAUUUAUGCACCUCUCUAUAUUGCUGGACCGAUUGUUAGUUUCAACGCUUUCUCAUCACAGUUGGAUUCACCACAGAAAACGCAAAGCAAUAUGAAAAUCUUUGGCUAUGGAUGUCGAUGGUUUUUUUGUUUAUGUCUGAUUGAGUUAAUGACUCAUUUUUGCUACUACAACUCUCUAGCUAUCAGUGGUGUCUGGCAGCUAUUCACUCCAUGGGAAGUCUUCAUUGUAGGAUAUGGGGUUUUAAACUUUAUGUGGCUAAAAUUCCUGCUUAUCUGGCGGUAUUUCAGAUUUUGGGCAUUGAUUGGAGGUAUUGAAACUCCUGAGAACAUGCCUCAUUGUAUCAAUAAUUGUUAUGAUCUUGAAGGAUUUUGGAAAAGUUGGCAUGCAUCUUACAAUAGAUGGCUUGUAAGGUAUUUGUACAUUCCACUUGGGGGAUCUCAAAGGAAAUUACUUAAUGUUUGGCCGAUAUUUACAUUCGUGGCCAUAUGGCAUGACUUGGAGUGGAAGCUAUUGUCUUGGGCUUGGGUGACUUGUGUCUUUUGGAUGCCAGAAUUAUUAUUCAAGUCAAUCAUGCGCACACCUCAUGUACAAAAUUUGCUAAACAAGCUCCUUGUUCGUGAAUUGAGUGCAGUUGGUGGUGCUAUUACCAUAUCUUGCCUUAUGAUGGCAAAUAUGAUUGGUUUUGUAAUUGGACCUACGGGUAUGCAUUGGUUGAUUUCGAGGAUGCUUUUAAAAGAGAAUAUACUUGUUCUGAUCGGCAUAUUCGUUACAUUCUACAUUGGAACAAAGCUUAUGUUUCAUGUACGCGAGACUGACACUCCAAGAAAUCAAAACAAGUGAUUGAAUUAAUGGCAUUAUAAAUCAAAACAAGUGAUCAUGAUAUGUUGCAAUCAAGCCACUAUGUCAAAAAUUAAAGGCUUUAUAAAUUAUUAAAGCCAAGCAAUUUUGGGUAUCAAACUUUAUUAUAUUUGAAUAUUAUUAAAACGAAAUGCAUUCUCAA